AAUCAUUUAGAACGAAUCGUUGAAAGACCGGGAAAGAUCAUACAACGACACGGUCCUUUACACCGAGCAGAGAGUGGAACUGUAACAGCGGAAGAUAUGCGGGAGAAUGGAUUGAGGAUGCCGACUCUCUUUACAACCGUCUUUGAACUGAGAGAAUAUGGAAAACAAACUCUCGUUUCUAGACCAUCUUCCUUCGACUUGGCCAGUUCCACUUUGGCCCAGAUAGCAGGGUAUGCUGCAUCGACUGGACAAAUCCUUAAUAUCGGAGAUGUGAAGUCUUGGCUGAAAGAAAAACACAGCGAAGGAGAUGCAGAGUCUGCACGGACUAUUCUGUGUAUGCCUAUCAUAAAUGGGCAACGUUCACUGAUAGGCGUGGCUCAAUUGAUCAACAAAGAAAACUAUGUACCGUUCACGGAGUAUGACGUUUCUCUAUUCGAAGCCUUUGCAAUUUUCUGUGGUCUGGGCAUCCAUAAUACUCAGAUGUACGAAAAUGCAUGUAAACUUAUGGCAAAACAAAAAGUGGCUUUAGAAUGUCUCUCAUACCAUGCAACUGCAAGCAACGAAGCUACGGAGAAGCUCCGGAAAGAGGACAUUCCCUCAGCGAGUUUCUAUAAUUUAUAUAGCUUCACUUUCAUCGAUUUCGAGUUAUCCGAUGAUGAUACCUGUAAAGCGACGAUAAGAAUGUUCAUGGAGUGCAAUUUGGUUCAAGAGUUCCAUAUUCCAUAUGAGAUUCAUGAGUGAUUUGGAGAUUCUGGGACUCAUAGUUGCAUGUCUUUGCCACGACCUAGACCACAGGGGUACCAAUAACGCCUUCCAAAUGAAAACUGACUCGCCACUGGCUGUGUUAUACUCCACGAGUACCAUGGAACACCAUCAUUUCGAUCAGUGUGUCAUGAUACUCAAUACCGACAGCAAUAAUAUAUUUCAAGCAUUAUCUCCUGAAGACUAUAGAAAAGUAAUGCGAUUAGUAGAGACUGCAAUCUUAUCGACAGAUUUGGCAAUGUACUUUAAAAAGAAAAAUAAAUUUUUGGAGCUUAUAGAAAACGGAGAAUUCGAUUGGCAGAGUGAAGACAAAAAAGAGUUACUAUCCGGAAUGAUGAUGACAGCUUGUGACGUGAGCGCCAUAGCGAAACCAUGGGAAGUGCAGCACAGGGUGGCUAAACUUGUAGCAGAUGAGUUCUUUGACCAAGGCGAUUUGGAAAGAAUGCAAUUGAAGGAGCAACCUGUGGCACAAAUGGACAGAGAGCGAAAAGAUGAACUUCCCCAGAUGCAAGUAGGUUUCAUCGACCUAAUCUGUCUUCCUCUGUAUAAGGUAUUAUCCGAAACAUUCCCAUGGGUAAAACCCUUGUAUCAAGGCACUUGGGAAAAUCGACAGCACUGGCAAGAUCUUGCAGAGAAAGUGGAAAUGGGACUCACUUGGAUAGACCAUGAUACGAUAGAUAAACCGGUUGAAGCGUUUGGAGAUCCCGAAGAAACGAAAGAUGUAGAAGUAACAGUCCAAACCUUACACACUGUGAGCACGUCGGUUCCUCUGGAAAUCAAAAAACGAAGCAGGCAUAGAUUCUGUCGUGUAUUGUGACACACGUUGUUCUAUAAUAUAAUACUUUAGUCAGUAGUCAUGUCCCGAAUCAGAAUCUAGAUCAAAAUAUUGAAAUGCUCAUACUUCUUCGUACUUAAUCUUAAAACUCAAUAGAUCUAUUAUUUUAUACUGAAAGUUGAUCCUUCGUGAUGGGUACUCAAAAAGACAUUUUGUAAACUUUAGUAUUAAUGAAGCAGAAAUGUAAAUAGUAAAUAUGGUUUAUUAUUGAA